CCCUGCCUUCGGAUUGAGGUUCAUCCCCUCCACCGCGCCGCCCUCGCCACUGACUCACAGCCGGUGCGUCAUGGUGGAUGUAACCAAAUGGCCCAUUUUCAGCCUGAUGGGGACCCAGGAGCUGUCCAUGAUACGGAAAGCCUGCGUGUUUGGAACGUCUGCCAACGAGGCCAUCUACAUCACCAAAGACAAUGAGGUGUAUGUGUUCGGGUUGAACUGCAGUAGCUGUCUGGGAACAGGGGACAGCCAGAGCAGCAUUGUACCCAAAAAGCUGGACUUCCUGAGUGGGAGGAAGGUGGUCAGCCUGAGCUAUGGCAGCGGACCCCACAUCCUGCUGGCCACAGAGGACGGAGAGCUAUUCGCCUGGGGUCACAAUGGUUACAGCCAACUAGGAAAUGGGACGACCAACCAAGGAGUAGCUCCAUUGCUCGUGUCUGCCAACCUGCUCAAUAAGAAGGUCACAGAGGUGGCCUGUGGCUCCCACCACUCAAUGGCUCUGACCGAUUCAGGAGAAGUGUAUGCGUGGGGCUACAACAACUGUGGUCAGGUGGGUUCAGGCUCCACAGCGAACCAGCCCACCCCCCGCAGAGUGUCCAGCUGCCUGCAGAGCAAAGUGGCUGUCAGUAUCGUCUGUGGGCAGACCUCGUCUCUGGCAGUAGUGGACAAUGGAGAGGUGUACGGUUGGGGCUACAAUGGGAACGGACAGCUUGGACUUGGAAAUAAUGGGAACCAGCUCACCCCCUGUCGCCUGAUAGCUCUGCAGGGUUUAUGUGUGCAACAGAUUGUCUCAGGCUAUGCCCACUCCCUGGCACUAACAGACGAGGGGUUGCUGUACACUUGGGGUGCCAACACAUAUGGACAACUGGGCACCGGCAACAAAAGCAACCAGCUGAGCCCAGUCCAGAUCAUGACUGAGAAGGAGAGGAUUGUGGAGGUCGCUGCCUGUCACUCCACACACACAUCAGCCGCUAAGACUCAGAGUGGUCAGGUGUACAUGUGGGGCCAGUGCAGGGGCCAGUCUAUAGUGCUGCCUCACCUCACGCACUUCACCUGCACCGACGAUGUGUUUGCGUGCUUCGCCACCCCCUCCGUCAUGUGGAGGCUUCUUUCCAUGGAGCAUGAUGACUUCUUGACCGUGGCUCAGUCUCUGAAGAAAGAGUUUGACAACCCCGAGACAGCUGACCUCAAGUUCUGCAUUGACGGCAAAUACAUCUAUGUCCACAAAGCAGUUCUCAAAAUCAGGUGUGAACAUUUCAGAUCCAUGUUCCAGUCUCACUGGAACGAAGACAUGAAGGAGGUGAUUGAAAUAGACCAGUUCUCCUACCCAGUGUACCGCUCCUUCCUAGAGUUCCUUUACACAGACAAUGUGGAGUUGCCUCCUGAGGAUGCUAUCGGGCUGCUGGACCUCGCCACAUCGUACUGCGAGAACCGCCUGAAACGUCUGUGUCAACAUAUAAUAAAGAGGGGAAUCACCGUCGAAAACGCCUUCUCCCUGCUGUCUGCUGCUGUGCGCUAUGAUGCAGAGGACCUGGAGGACUUUUGCUUUAAGUUUUGUGUGAAUCACCUGACUGAAGUGAGCCAGACCGCCGCUUUCUGGCAGAUUGACGGCGACCUGCUCAAAGAUUUCAUAUGUCGAGCCAGCCGCUGCGGAGCCUUCAAGAACUGACUUCAACCUGAAAUCAUUCUAGACACGGAUGCAGAGGAUGCUGCGGCGACUCCGGGAGUGACUUCUCAAAGGACUCGGUCACUCCCAGUCGGCCUCAACAACCUUCACUGACAGCUGGUUACACAAACUUUAUAUCUUAAGAUUGUCAUCAUCGCUGUCAAACCAUUGCUGUUACUCAUCUCAUUCAAGACUAGAACCAGUGUGUCCAUUUCAGUUUGUACAUAGCUGUACAUUCUGGAAGUACAAGGCUGAGCUGACAUUAUACAGUUCAGUUACAGUAGUGGUUUGCCACAGUGCCUCACUGCCUAUUCAUGUACACACAAUGUGUAAACGCAUUGAGAGGCAUACUUUCACUUGAUCAAGUUGUUUCUAUUAACUUAAAAGAUUCUUGCCAGUCGCCUGAUAUCACUUUUACUAUUCCUAUUAUUUUGUUUGAUUGAAUAAGUUACUUCUUUAGUCUUUGCACUUGUUUGAAAUAUGAUUUUGUUCCUCUUUACUAGAAGGCUCCAUCAUGGUUUGGAUGUGAUAUUUGGAAUCGUGGUUUUCAGGUUGAGGUAUGAGGCUGUUUGCACUUUUAGAUGUCUGGAUAGAUUUUGAAGAUUUGACACUUUUAUUAAGUGUGUUUAGGUCAAACUCCAGUCAGAGAUUAUUAAACCUAGUGGCUGAGGUGUGAUCUUCUGUCUAGGUCUAGGAUGUAAGACAAGCCAAAGAGAGGGAACUCAGGUUACAUUCAGAUUCAGAACAGAGUGAGAUUAAGUCUUAAACUGUUACAGAUGUGAAAAUGAUCAUCUAUAGCUACAGUAUAUUUGUGAAUUCCAUAGGUUGGAAAAUGUUAUUUCGUGCAGCUACCAUAACAUAAAAAAAAGCUUCUUUAAUUUGUCUAUUUCUAUAGCUAAAAAAACAAACGAAUCACCAAGAAUUCACUUGGUGUUAGCUGGCAGCUAAACUUACCUGGUUGCCAGUUGAAACAAAAUGUAUGGAGCCAUUAAAAAUCAGUUUACAGGAAAGCAUGUGGCCUUGUGGAAUCUUAAAUUGUAUGGGUCUCGAUUUAGAUUUUUCGUGGAUCCAUAUGACAUCUAUUGUAUAUUGAAAACAUUAUUUUACAUUGUUGACAUUCACAAAGUUUUUAAGUGACUUCUGCUCUUCUGCUGUGAGUAUUUUGAAGAAUUUGCAAAAUUUCUAUGCAGGAAUUUUUUUACAUUAAAAUCUAUAAUUAUAUCUUAUCAAUCAACAGAUAUUAAGUAUUAUGAAUUGCCAGUUAACUUUUGUGACCUUUGCAAGCAAAUGAAAAAAAGACAUGUAUGUUUUCUGUAAACAAGUAUUUUUAAGUAUAAAACAAAUAUAUAUAUAUAUAUAUAUAUAUAUGCAAUUAACUUAAAUGGAAAGCACAGGAAUGUUCAUGUAUCAAAAGUAAUCAUUUCAGUAAGUACAAUAAUAUGAUGUAAAGAAUAAGAUAUUUACAGGUGAUCAACACAAUAAAUAGAACUUGUUUGUGCAUCAAUAAACUGCAAGAAGCAAAUCAUGAGUCCAACAACACCGAGUGAUUUGUUUCAUCAGCUAUCAAACUGAAUUAUCAGACGACGAGCAGUGACAUUUUGGUAGGUGGGUCCCUGGUAAAGUGAUCUGUUAUGAUCCUUCAGUGGUAUGCUUUAGGUUUCAUCUUUCGAGUGCACUUUUAGUAACAUAUCUCGCAAUUGGCUUUGUAUCUGAUACAGAUGUCAGUCGUCAUUGUUAGGAUGUUCGGUAGAGACACUGGUCUUAAGAUAAUGUGGUCAUUUAAGGUUCUGCCUUUUUUUUAUUUGAAAAAAAUGUACUUGGUUGUGAAAAUCUUUCUUUCCGCAGUUCGGUGUUGAGAAAAUUCUUCGGCACUCAGAAUUGUUAGGGAGCGCUUCUCGAAAGUGGUUUGUUACAAUCUUUCAUCUACAAAAAUAUUUUUCAAUAAAUAAAUAAAUCUACAGCUUUACUGGUUAUGCACGGAGGGCUACAUUUCGUCAAUUAUUGGUCGGAAUAGUUCAAAGAUUGGAUCGAUUUACUGUGGGAGUG